UGGCUUAUCAGCUGGUAGUUGCUCGCCAGGUAUAGGAUUCAUUAAGGAUAAUACGCAGGACUAGUGUCCAAGUUAAAUUUAGUCCUCGCAAACGUUGGACGUGUGUAACACGUUCUUUUCCAACACCUGGCAACAAUUUGGUUACACUCGCAAUUAAGAUAAGUGACAUUUUGUCCGAGACUUAUUGUUUCUAUGAUUUAUCGUUUCAAUGAAGAUACUGCGCAUAUAAAAUUUGGAAAACGUAACGUGAAUGGUUUAAGAUGGUGUGGGAAGUGAAAACUUUGAAACAGGCGGUUGGGCCUAUCCUAUGGCUUAAUUGUAUAUUUUGCAUGGGAAUAUUCGAAAUACCCACAAAUCGCCCGCGAUAUCUUCCAAGCGUUUUCUACACCAUCUUGAUAGUGGUUGGAUAUUUUCUUAUGCUUUGCAAAGGACUUUGGAUCUUCGUGCAAGCAUACAAUUUUGAGUUUAUAAUAUUUCAGUUUGUUAUGGCGGUCAACAUUUUAGUUGCCUUCUUGGCUGUUAUUCUAUUCUGGUUCAAAUCGGAGAAUAUGACUAACAUAAUUAAGAGGAAUGGCAUAGCGGAUAAUACUUUAAAGACUUUAGGCAUAAAGUCAGACUACUCGAAACUUUUUCGCAAUGUCCUAAGUCUCAUUAUUAUUUGGACAAUAGGCAUGAUAAUAAUGAGUGUCACGAUUGUACUGUGGAUGUAUCGCAAGACUGGAUACUGGUCUGCCAUUUUUUGCUCUAUAUGCGUCUGUUUUCCGAUUAUGGUAAAUUCUAUAGUGGGCCUUACCUUCGCCUCGUUUAUCAGAUGUAUCCAACAAAAGUUUUAUAAGAUAAACGAUCUAAUUGACAAUGUAGUGCUCUGCGUAAACAAAUCAAAUGCCAUUAAGAUUCAUAAUCGGCACGAUAAAACGUCUUUUACAUUUGUCAUGGCAAACUAUAAAAACCACAAAGACAAAAUAAUUCAUCUUAUUCAGACACUAAGAGUAUUACAUUUGGAAAUUACGAAAAUAGGACAACAAAUUAAUCGUGCUUAUUGUUUUCAACUUUUGCUCGAAUUAGCAGUCCAUUUUACGGUAGUAACAGCGUGUACUUAUUGUUUAUAUCGUGUAUUUUCUGGCCAUCUGGUGAUCGAUAGCGAAAAAGUUAUAGACCUAGCAUUGUGGGGAAGCGUUUAUUCAAUUAAAAUUAUAUUAAUAAAUAUGCUUUGCACGAGUGUAUCAAACGAGGCAUAUAAAACUGGCGAACUUAUACAGUCUUUUGAAGGAGCUAUUAUUGACGAGGAUAUGAGAGAAGAGAUUCAUCAAUUUACACAGCAAGUAAUGCUUAACUCAUUGAGUUUUACGGCUUCUGGUUUCUUUUCAAUUGAUAAUUGUCUUACUGGCAAGUUCUUUGCUACGGUUACAACGUACGUCGUUAUUCUAAUACAAAUGAACGUAUCACAUUGAAGUAUAGCUUCUUUACGGAUAAACAUAUUAUUUAAAUCAUAUUACAUUUUAUCAUUCAAAUAGUAAAACAUCCAUAUAACAUAGUGUAAUAACAUGUAAGCUGAGAAAUUAAACAUAUUAUAAAUAAAUUACAGAUAAUACUUUUAUUAAU